ACUUAUUGCUGCGAUAGAUUAUUAACGGUUUUUUUUUUUUUAGGCGUCAAGCUAUUCGAAGAUUAGAAAGUUCAACAGCUUUAAAUUGACACUAAAAGAAUUAAAUUUAGUGUUAAGAGAGUUUUAGGACUGUUUGUAUAAAGCUUAUUGUUAUCAUUUUAUGAAAAAUGGUUUUUAUAAAUUUAAAGAGAGUACAAAAGUUGCGUCCAGCUCAAGACACAAUGCAUAACUUAAUUGAACAAUGUUAUGAUUGGAAUCACUCAACUGGUACUGAAAUAGCUCAUAUUGAGCAAGAAUGUCAUGACAAGAAUUGGAAAGUUUUCACAUUAAAUGAUCAACAAGACAUAUUCAAAAAACAACCAAUUCAAAGCUAAAAUUAUAGCACCCAGCGACUCUUGUGAAUGUAUGAAACAUACAAAAACUGCUCGUAGAAGGCGUUUGAAAAGUCAAUCUGGUUAUUAUUUAGCAAUAAUGCCUAACGGACAAAUUAUAGGAAAUAGAGAUCCAUCUAGUCCGCAUAUUGAGAUUGAUGUAAUUCCAGUUGGAGCAGACCUUGUAAAACUAUGGGCAGUUGAAUCAGAACUAUUUCUUAUGAUAGAUGAUACAGGACAAAUGCGAGGAACGGAUGUAGAUAGUACAGAAUGCAUAUUUGAAGAAACGCUUACAGAAAACUUCUUUACAGUAUAUUACUCUGCAAUGUAUUUACACAAGCGUUGGUGCGUUGGGUUGCGUAAUAAACCACAAAUCAAAAGUUUUUAUAGAAAACCUAAACCAACCAAAGACGCUUCAUUUUUUUUGGAAAUUGUUCAUCUACGCCAAUCGAACUCAUCUUUAAGUGAUAGUGAAGAUAGCAGAUUAAGUUGAUAGUAUGAUAUAGUAACUUUAAAUCUCAGUGUUUUUUAGGAUCAAUUUGUUUAAGACAUUUUUUGGAUUAAAA